AUGUUCAAGUCCAAGGCCCCCACGAAGCAAGUCGCCGUGAAGAAGGCGCCGGUGAAGACCGCCGUGAAGAAGACCGCGCGACCGGUGCGAAAGGGCCCGGCGCCGAAGGCGGGCGACGAUGAGCUUUGGCGCCCGGGUGCCGUGCGUCCGGCGUGGUUGGACGGUUCUCUUCCGGGUGACCGCGGAUUCGAUCCGUUCGGGCUCGGUAAGCCGGCGGAGUACCUCCAGUUCGACCUCGACGCCCUCGACGGGAGCGCGGCGAGGAACCCGUCCGGUAACGUGAUCGGCAAGCUCAAGAAGGCCGACUCUAAGCCCAAGGCGCGGACGAUCGUGCCGUACGAUGAAGCGUUCGAUAUCAUGCGCUUCCGCGAGUGUGAGUUGCUUCACUCUCGCUGGGCCAUGCUCGGCCUUGUCGGCGCCGCCGCGGCGGAAGCCGCCACGGGCAUCACUUGGGCGGACGCCGGUAAGAUUGAGCUCGAGCAACCGCAAUACUUGGGCUUCCCGAUCCAGUUGACCGUCACCCAGUUGACGAUCAUCGAAGUUCUCGCGAUGGGUUACCUUGAGAUCGCGCGCUCGGCUGAGCUCGACCAAAACAAGCGCAUGUACCCGGGUGGCGCGUUCGAUCCGCUCGGCUAUGUCGCCAAGGCCGACGCUCAAGAGGAGUUCCGCCUCAAGACCGCCGAGCUCAAGCACGGGCGAUUGGCAAUGGCGGGUAUGCUCAUCAUCUCCAUCGAAGCCGCCACCGGCCGCGGCACCUUGCCGGGCUCCUGGUAA